CAUCAUUCACCUCUUUGAAGGCGGCAUCUUAGACAAAAUGACAAAUGCCGAAUAUGCCACACAAUCGCGCAUGUUGGGCAAAGAAUACAACAGCCUGCAUCCCAGCUCGGCGGCCGAUGCAAAUGCUAACAAUGAACCCCCGCGCAGCGAUGAUAACCGAAACGCUAAUGCCGGCAACGACGUCAACGGCAAGGGAGAUGAGAGUGCAGAAGCUGCCACCAAAUCACAGGAUUCACAAAUCAUACAACCGCUCAAUUUGCGCAUGUUGCAAGGAGCAUUCAUUGUGCUACUCUGUGGUUAUGCAGCCGCAACUGGCAUUCUAGUGUUGGAGCUAUGUUGUCAUCGCUUAAAUUCGAACCUCUUGGAGCGUAUUCAGGCCCGCUUGGUGCGCCGUUAUCUUUGGUGUUGUCGGAAAUUCCGUAAAAUUAUACGCCUGGUGUUUGCUAGAAUAUUUCGUUAAUUAGCUUUUUUUCAUGACUAACUUCUUAUCAUUUAGAAGUUUUGCAUAACAAAUGAAGUUUGUAGCAAUUGCGGUAGCGCAAUUAGUUGCUUUGGUGGAGUUGUUGUCACAUUAUUCUAAUUCUAUGAAGCUACUCGUACAAUAUUUACAUAAUUUAUCGUGGAACCCGCAUGCACGUGUAGCUGCUUAAAAGUGUCAUCAGCUGCUAGAAUAAACCCAUCGUAAUGCUUAACUGCGGCUUUGGAAUCGCUGAAGUGUAAUACAAAUAUGACGAUUGGGCUGUGGCUCGAGAAAAUUAAAGGGCAUUGUUGAAAGAGCACAAAAACGUGUUGAUUCUGUUUAGUAUCUAUACCAAAAACUGAAUUGUAUGUGAAUGUAUCUAUUAAGUGCAAUAAUAUAUCUAAAUAUGUACAUAUAUGUAUCUAC